AUGGGUUGUUUGUGUUCAGCUCACUCAGAUCAUUCAGACCUAAUUAACAUGAAACCAAUAAGUCGGAGGACUAUAGAUAGCAUCGCAGAGAUUAUUUACUCGCCAGGCGAUUUUAUCUUCUCCAAUUCUUCUUCAUUCCAUGACGUUUAUGAAACAGACUCAGUUCCAUUGGGUGCUGGCCUUCAUGGAGAAAUUCGAAAAUGCAAACAUAUUGGCACUGACACUGUCAGAGCAGUAAAGAUAAUCAAAAAAGAAGUCAAAAAUGGGAUAUAUCUCGAGGACGCUAACGUCCAUCGGCAAGUAGAUAUAUUCAAAGCCAUGGACCAUCCAAAUAUCCUAAGGAUGUAUGAGUUUUUCGAUAGCAAAACUGAGUACUUCCUGGUACUUGAGUACAUGGAUGGUGGUGAUUUGUGCGACAAAAUCACUAUAACUCAUGCAUCGUUAUCGAUUGUCAUCAUUGAAAUUUAGCCGCUAUAAUUGACUUGAUGUCUCCCCCAUCUAGAGCAAUCAUCAUUUAGAUAGCAUUCAGAGUUAAAUAAAAAUUUUGUAGCUUUAAGUUAUUUUAUUCUUAUUUUAUAUUAUUUACAAAUAAAUGAUUCUUCUCUUGCUUUAUAUUAAAAGUAGCGAUUUUGUGUAAAAAUGGCUUAGGCACAACUUUGGGAUCAAAAGUGUAAAAUAGGUUGGCAAAUAAACGAGCCAAUAUUUAAAAUGGCAUUAUUCUAAAAUUAAUUUUAAAUUAGGAUAUCUUGUUAGUUUAGCAUAGAUGUAUGAAUUCCUUAAGGUCUCAUUUAAAUUGACUCUAGCAAAAUUAAAAAUGACCAUUUAAUGAAAUUCCAAAAUUUAUUUUCUAUUGUAUUUUGUGGCCGGUUUAAUUUUAAAGAAAGCAUUAACAAAUUAAAUUUAAUUAAUUGAACUUAAAUUUACUAUAGUAGCCAUGGGAGAUGAAUACACAAAGGUCUUAAAGCCUCAUAUUAAUUGCAUCUAACAAAAUGUAUUUUUAAAAGACAUAUUUUUAACAAUUUAAAAUUAAUUUUAUAACAAAUGCCAUUUUAAAUAUUAGCCCGUUUAUUUGCCAACCUAUUUUACACUUUUGAUCCCAAAGUUGUGCCUAAGCCAUUUUUACACAAAAUCGCUACUUUUAAUAUAAAGCAAGAGAAGAAUCAUUUAUUUGUAAAUAAUAUAAAUAAGAAUAAAAUAACUUAAAGCUACAAAAUUUUUAUUUAACUCUGAUGUUAUCUAAAUGAUGAUUGCUCUAGAUAGAGGAGAAAUCGAGUCAAUUAUAGCAGUUAAAUUUUCAAUGAUGACAAUUAAUAGCAGUGCAUGAGUUAUAGUGGAUUCGAAUUUUCGGAAAAAUUAGCACGAAGUGCUAUGAAACAAAUUUUAUCAGGAGUAAGUUACUUACAUAAGAAAAAAUUGGUUCAUAGAGACUUGAAGCCUGAGAAUAUACUCAUAGGUGGAAAUGUAAAGAAUGACGAUAUCACAAUAAAAAUCAUCGAUUUCGACUUUACAAUUAAAUGCCCUGAGGAUACUAACUUGAAACAAAUUGCUGGGACUUUAGAUUAUAUGGCUCCUGAGCUUUUCGAUAGAUCAUAUAAUCAAAAGGCUGAUUUAUGAAGCUGCGGAGUUAUCAUGUACGCUCUAUUAACUGGCUACAAUCCUUUCCAAGGAAAAAAUGACGCUGAUACAAUAAAGAAAAUUAGAAGAGGGAAAUUUCAUAUUGAAGGUCCUCAUUGGGAUGGAAUUUCAAGCGACGCAAAAGACUUGCUGACGCGUCUACUAACUAAAAAUCCAAACCAAAGAAUUUCAGCUGAGGAAGCAUGUGCUCAUCCAUGGUUUAAAGCUGAUUGGAAAGAAAAAGAAAGUGAUGAUGAUCUAGCAAAUAUUUUCAAUAAGCUAAAAAGUUAUCAAAGAUCUUCCAAGUUCAGUGAAUCGUUGAGUACCUUUAUUCUAAGUCAGGUAAUGAGCUAUAAGCACUUUAUGAGCAUCCAGUCAGCCUUUCACUCAUUAGAUCUUAACUCUGAUGGAGUCAUCUCAGAAUCAGAAUUAUUGAAUUUCACGAAGUGCUUUAUAUCUCGAUCCCUGCUUUGGAUCGGGCUCUACGGUAGCUCACGAUGCCAUAUGGGGACUUGGCAAAAAACGCUUGUUGGUGAAUCUAACUCCUCAGAUGAUAAACCCUCUUGUUAUUGGAGAUUUGCCAUCUGAAGAAUAUGGAUUACUAAAAGAUGUUGGUUCCACAAGUUCUUAUAUAAUAUAGGGAGAUGUCGUAGAGCCCGAUCCGAAACAGGGAUAGGGCUAUAUUGAAGACAUUCCUGAAAAAGCCUCAAAAGAAAUCAUGAGUCAAGUGGACACUGACGAGAAUGGGGUGAUCGAUUAUUACGAAUUUUUAAGAGCUUGCGCUGAUCCAAAAGAAAUUCUUUCGAAAGCUAAUUUAAUAAAAGCUUUGAGAAUGUUCGGACACGGGGAAAACGGGAAAGUAUCAUGCUCAGAUUUAAAAAAGUGGCUUAAAAGUGAUUCGAAUUUAAAUCAAGAAUGCAUCAAAGAAAUUAUUGAAGAAUUGGAUCCUCAUGGAAAAGGAUGCUUUUUGCCUGGAAGCUGUGAAAAUCAUAAGCUCGAGAAUCAAAAACUGAAUUUUGCAAUGAUAGUAUAG